AUGGGGUCGUUCUUCAAGAAUCUGAGGGGCAAUGCUGGCCCGUAUUCGCCCACCUCGGGUCCCAGCCCUCCCAAAAAGGACCCUAAUGCGCCCCCGAUGACUCCGCUGGAGAAGAUGCUCUUGGAUUCGGGCCCGGUCCGGGGCGACGGUAGUGACAAAUUCUUUGGCAUGGAGAAUUAUGGAAACACAUGUUAUUGCAAUUCUAUUUUACAGUGUCUCUACUACUCGGUUCCCUUUCGAGAAGCGGUUGUAAACUACCCGAAACGAACGCCCAUCGAAACCCUCGAGACCGCGCUCGCCCAGAACCUGAAAUUUCAAAGCCCAGAGGCCUUUGCAGAAGCCGAAGCUGCCGCCGCAAAGGCAAAGACUGCCGCCGGACAAUCCUCGUCACGAAGUGCCGGCGUGACGCCCGCCCAGCCCACCAAGCCCGAGGAUAAGGACUCUCCAGAGUACAAGAAGAAAGUUGCCAUACAGACGCUCCCUCUGCUCGAUACAAAAGACAACUCCGUCAGUUAUGGCAUGUCGGAAUCUCUUUUCACGUCUCUGAAAGAUAUCUUUGAGUCGGUGGUUGCAAGCCAGUCGAAGAUGGGUGUCGUGCGGCCCCAGCAUUUUUUGGAGGUGCUCCGACGCGAGAAUGAAAUGUUUCGAACAGCAAUGCAUCAGGAUGCACACGAGUUCCUCAACCUCCUGCUCAAUGAGGUGGUCACUAAUGUCGAGGCCGAAUCGUCCAAGCAAAUAACAGAUGCACCAGUCGACUCUACCGACUCGGAGCAGACGGUGGCUGUCACGGAUUCCUCGGCACCGUCCUCUAGCACCCGAGUGGAAGGCUCAACCGGUUCGAAAACACCAAAUACAAGUCGAUGGGUCCAUGAGCUUUUCGAGGGGACCCUGACAUCAGAAACCCAGUGUUUGACCUGCGAGAAGGUUUCCCAGCGAGACGAGGUGUUUUUAGACUUGUCGGUAGAUUUAGAACAGCACUCCUCCGUAACCUCUUGUCUACGCAAGUUCUCCGCCGAGGAGAUGCUGUGCGAACGGAACAAGUUCCACUGUGACAACUGCGGCGGGCUUCAAGAGGCGGAGAAACGGAUGAAAAUAAAACGCCUGCCCAAGAUUCUGGCUUUGCACUUGAAACGCUUCAAAUACACCGAAGAUCUGCAGAGACUACAGAAGCUUUUCCACCGUGUUGUCUAUCCUUAUCACCUACGACUAUUCAAUACCACAGAUGACGCCGAGGACCCGGAUCGUCUCUACGAAUUAUAUGCCGUGGUCGUCCACAUCGGCGGUGGCCCCUAUCACGGCCACUACGUGGCUAUCAUCAAGACCGAAGACCGAGGCUGGCUCUUGUUUGACGACGAAAUGGUGGAGCCUGUUGACAAAAACUACGUACGCAAUUUCUUUGGCGAUCGCCCCGGCUUGGCUUGCGCGUAUGUGCUCUUCUACCAAGAAACCACAUUUGAAGCCGUGCAGCGAGAACAGGAGCAAGAAGGUUUGCAUCCAGUCAAUGGCACUGCGGAUGUCAAAGAAGGCAACGGCGUUCCGCUUUCCUCGCCGCUCAACCACAUUCAAACCUACCAAGGCCCUCCUGAUGACGACGCCCAUCGUUUCAGUCCGUUGAAAGCCGUGCCCACGGCGCCUCAGAUGUCAACGCACCCGGAACAUGCCUUUUCCACAAGUCCUCCAGUCCCUCCAAUUCCGUCAGAUCCUCCCAUGAGCCUUAGCCCGAAGAAGAGCGAUGUCCACUCUCGCAAGGAACGCGCCAGAGAAGAAAAGGAGCGAAAGGCCGCGGAGAAAGACAAGGAAAGGGCCGAGAAACAGAGGCGGAAAGAACAAGAAGCGAAGCGUAAAGAGGACACGAGACGAGAAGAAGCCGACAUGAAAGCCGCUCGUGAGGCGAGCAAGGCAAGCAAAGCCGAAGAGGACCGAAAAAUAGAGAACGGAGAAAACGGACACAAGACGCUCACAGGCAGCUUGAAUCGAUUCCGGCGCAGUAGCAAGAGCCUGAGUCAUCGGUUUGUAUCGAAAGAGGGCAAACGAGCGGCUUCGUCCGAGUUUCCCCGUUCAGAACUACUUUCUGAGAAUGGAUCUCCUCCGGAUCCAAGACUACAUGAACAUGUCAUUGAGGAGGAUGCCCCAACGUCAAAUCCUGUCAUUCCAGAAACGCUACCUCCAUCGACGCCGGAUGCUUCUUCCAGAGGAAAACAAGACAAGGACAAGGCAAACCACAAAUGGAAAGGGUUUGGGCUGAGGAAGAAAUCAAUGAGCUUGAUGGGUUGA